AUGCCGUCCGACGACUUUCGCGCCGCCGAUCUCUUGCCAUCGCUAGAGCCUCCCGUGCCACCGCAGCGACCCGCCAUUCCCACACUCUCCCCACGUGUCAUUUUCACGGCACCCUCGCAGGACCCAUCCUCACACGAAACGCAAGAAUGGAUCUCGACAACACACGUCUAUCCUGCAGCAUGGCCUCGAUCCCACGUGCGCUCCGCCAAGUCCGACAUCUACGAUGCACACAUCCCAAGCAGCUACAGUCUUGGCCCACUGCCUUCGGAUCCUCAAGCUGCAAAAGCCGAACAGCGUCGGCGCAGAGAGGCUGACUUUGACCAUUGGUUACAGAUCUGCGGUGGAUCAGAUCCCGAAGACCAGCGUAAUCUCAUGCGCUCGCUACGAAAUGGGUGCUUGAAGUCGGGCCAUGCCGCCCGCAUCAACGAAGCAACCAAAGCCAACGAGGCGCAGCUCUGGAUGACAGUCAACCGAGUCGUCCCGGCAUGUUUGCAUCAGGAUGCCCAGACGAGUGCGCAAGGCAACGACGAUCGACAAGGAAUCACGCUCCUCCUCGCCCACGCAAAUGGUUUCCACAAAGAGAUCUUUGAACCAGCGCUCGAAGCGCUCAUCAAGAAGCUGCAGACCAAAGAGUUCAGCGGCAAGUACAAGAUUGACGAGAUUUGGAUGUUUGACAGCACUCACUCUGGCCAGGCUGGCAGCAUCAAUCGCCAUGUUCUCGGCGACAUUAUCAGCUGGGUGGACCAUCCGCGCGACAUGCUCAAAUUCCUCGAGAACUAUCUUCCCGAGAUACCUUCCCGCGCAUCCGCUCCUCCGACCUGGCUCCCCACCUUUCUUCCUUCUCACGAAGCCUCGAAUCCCAACUCGAAACGCAGACUCGUCGCGCUCGGCCAUUCGUUUGGCGGUGGUGCAUUCACUUUCCUGUUGCAUGCUCGACCACGCAUGCUGGAAGGUCUCAUCCUCGUCGAUCCCGCCAUCAUGCACUGCGAUGAUGAGGAGCGUUUCCAAAUCCACAACCUUCCCAACGAAAUGUAUUCGCCACUCCAAGAAGUUCCGCUCGCUCGUGGUGCCAUCGCACGCAAAGAUACGUUCGACUCGCUGCCGGACGCAAGGGCCUACUUUGAAUCCAAGCCCUUCUUUCAAGCGUGGCACAAGCGCGUACUUGACCUUCAUCUUCGAUUUGGCCUGCGUCCAUCGGCUGUGCCCGCAUCGCACGCGCUCGCUUCAGACGACUUGUACGAAAACGACCUGAAGCGCACACCUUUGGAGCUGAACAACACCAAGUGGCACGAGGCCGCCGCCUUCUGCACGACCUGGAUGGGUUACAUUGGUAGGAGAGGCCUGCUCACCACGGAUUAUGGUGCCUGGGUCGGAAUGGUCAACAUGAAAGGCGGUUUCAACAAUCUCCCGCUCGCCGCCGAGAUCGAUCGUCUGGAGCGCGGCAUCAGUUUCACGAUCGAGGGCAACCAUCUUGUGGCUCAGGAGGAGCCAGAGGCGUUGGCAGAUGCUCUCGUCAAGGUGCUCGAAACGCAGUCCGAUUCGCGAAAGCUCAAGGAGGAAAAGCUUCAUAGACAGGUGGGAAAGACUAAGCUGUGA